AUGGGGGAAGGCGCACCCCACUCUGUGGAUGAAAGGCUCGGGAGCAUCUGUCCGCCUCAGCUUCCUCGGGUUCCACCGACCCUAUCCGAAUGGAAACCCUAUGACCCGCCUGAGCCCAGGAACCGAAAUUCCCUGGUCCCACCGACCCUAUCCGAAUGGGAACCUUCGGACCCAGAUCAACCAGCACCGGACGCCUUCGAGUUUUUCAAAGCUGGGGAAGGCGCACCCCACUCUGUGGAUGAAAGGCUCGGGAGCAUCUGUCCGCCUCAGCUUCCUCGGGUUUCACCGACCCUAUCCGAAUGGAAACCCUAUGACCCGCUUGAGCCCAGGAACCGAAGUUCCCCGGUCCCACCGACCCUAUCCGAAUGGAAACCUCCGGACCCAAGCGAGCCAGAAACCUUAGCGGAGAUCAACCAGCACCGGACGCCUCCGUGUUUUUCAGAGAUGGGGGAAGGCGCACCCCACUCUGUGGAUGAAAGGCUCGGGAGCAUCUGUCCGCCUCAGCUUCCUCGGGUUCCACCGACCCUAUCCGAAUGGAAACCCUAUGACCCGCCUGAGCCCAGGAACCGAAAUUCCCUGGUCCCACCGACCCUAUCCGAAUGGGAACCUUCGGACCCAGGCGAGCCAGAAACCUUAGCGGAGGAGGAAUGCAGACUCCUGUUGGCCCACGUGACUCGAAGUAAAUGUGCAUCCGGAUUUCCGGAGGGUGAUGCACAACCCUCACCUCACCUUCCGCUUUCGCCGCGAAGGUGGGCAUCCUACCCGCAACAAAAAGAACUACCGCGAGAACGAAAACAAAAAACGCUGAAUUGA